AUGGGACAAGAAAGAGGUGAAUCCAUUGGUUAUCACAAAGAUAACUACCGUGAAACAAUUCAGCAAGGAAAAAGGAGGAUUGAAUGCUCUACCUGUGGGAAAACCUUUGCUAGCAUAUCAACCCUUAAAGUUCAUUGGAAUAUCCACACAGGGGAGAAGCCAUAUGACUGCUUGCUGUGUGGAAAGAGAUUCAGUCAAAGCUCAGCUCUUAUUGUACAUCAAAGAACCCACACAGGAGAGAAACGGUAUAAAUGUUUUGAAUGUGGUAAGAAGUUCGCAUACAGUACAUACCUCAUUGUGCAUCAAAGAAUCCACACAGGAGAGAAACCAUAUAGAUGUCUGGAAUGCGGAAAGAGCUUUUGUAUGAAGUCAAGCCUUAAUAUGCAUCAAAGGACACACACAGGCGAGAAACCGUAUAAAUGUUUGCAGUGUGAAAAGACAUUUCUUGAAAGAUCAGGUCUUAUUAGACAUCAAAGAGUUCACAUAAGGGAGCGACCAUGUCAAUCUGUCAGGUCUGGAAAGGGCUUCAGGCAAAGGGUAAACCUCAUUGUACAUCAAAGAAACCACUUGGGUGAGAAACCAUAUAAAUGUUUAGAAUGUGGAAAGUGCUUCAUGCAGAGUACAAAUCUGACUAGACAUCAAAAAAUCCACACAAGUGAAAAACCAUAUAAAUGUUUAGAAUGUGGAAAGAGAUUUAUGCAGAGCACCAACCUCAUUGGACAUCAAAGAACCCACACAGGUGAGAAACCAUACACAUGUUUGGAAUGUGGAAAGAGCUUUAUGCAAAGUAAAAAUCUCACUAUGCAUCAAAGAACCCACACAGGUGAAAAACCAUAUAAAUGUUCAGUGUGUGGAAAGAGCUUUAGCCAGAAUUCAAGCCUCGCCACCCAUCAAAGAAUUCACACAGGAGAGAAAAUAUAUGGAUGUUCAGAAUGUGGGAAAAAGUUCACACGGAAUGCAAAUCUCAUUAAACAUAGAAUAUUUCACACAGGCGAAAAACCAUACAAAUGUUUGGAGUGUGGGAGGCGCUUCAGUCUGAGCAAAAGGCUUACUAACCAUCAGAGGAUCCACAAAGAUGUGAAACCCUUUAAAUGCCUGGAUUGUGGGAAGAGCUUCUGUCAUAAAAGAAGUCUUAAGAGACAUAAAGAUAUUCAGACAGGGGAAUGCAAAAAAGGUUUCAGUCAGAUGCAGAGCAACCCAAAAAGUCAAACCAAGAAGAAACCUUAUCAGUGCCCCGAGUGCCGAAGCUGCUUCAGUCACAACUCAAACCUUCUUAUACACCAACGAGUUCACACGGGGGAGAAGCCGUUUAGAUGCCAGGAAUGUGGAUUUUGCUUCAGUCAGUACUCAAACCUUACGAGACAUGCAAUUAUUCACACUAGGCAAAAACAGUAGAGAUCUUCAGACUGGCUGGGGAGAGCUCUUGUCUGUAAAUUAGGAAUUAAUAGAGCAUUCACUCAGGUAAGUUGUCUAGAUGCUCAGGUGUGCUGUAAAUCCACUGUAAAAUGUAGAAAUUAAAACCAGCCACAAUACCUUUCCAUGCUUUAUUAGGACAAGAGCAGUGGAGUCAAUAGAAGCCUAACUUCACAUCAUGAAGCCUACACCAGUAUGAAAAUCAGCAGCAGAGAGGUUUGCUCAUUCAGCUCUUUCUCCAGCUCUGUGUCUUACUUGUUUCAUAUGAAAACACCAAAUAAAUGUUUUCGGUAUUGAACAGAGCUGUACCCAUCGAUACUUGCACAUUUGCUUCCUUACCAGUUGAGCAGUUUGGUGAUAUAGUCAAUAAUGUAGAUAUAAAUAACAAUGCAAGUUGCAGAACAUAGCAGAACACUAUGAGGAGAAGAUUUGGGGGAGAAGUUGUGGCUCAGUGGAAGAACAUCUGCAUGCAGGUUCAAUCCCAGCAUCUCCAGUUAAAAAGGGCCAUACAGUAGGCGAAAUGAGAGACCCUGGUACAAGGCAGCUUCAUGUGCGUGUGCACGCGCGUGCACUUGCUAUUUGUUGCUUCAUUUUAUAGCAAUGAAAAUCACUCCUUGUCAUCUCCAUUUGACAUAGUUUAUCAGGUGCAUCUCAGAGGUCCAAAUUUCUUUUUCUGUCCAAGAACUUUUUUCAGUUUUGCCUUACAUUCUAGGCACAAAGGUGUGGCAACAAUUGGGAGGGAAUUGUGUGUGUUGAUUGCAUCAUUUCUUGUGGUUCAAAUGAUUAGCUGGAUAUUGAAACUUAAGUUGUAAUAUGUUUAAGUCUGAAGACAAGCAGUUUCAUUUUAAAAGAGCUGAAAGCGGUCAUAGUAAGUUAUAGCAUAUCCAUUCUGGUUACUCCUGUUUCUCCUGUCCGUUCUCUCAUCAAGCAGAUAUUUUAUUUAAAUACAAAAGGGGGAAAUAUGCAAGAUCAUACAUUAGCAAAAACAAU